UGGUUUCACUCUAUCCACAGGGUUCUCGUGAUCUGGCAUCAUUCCCAUUUGGGAUUCAACAUGUUGAGAUAUUUCCGACAUUCCCACAUUCUCCAGGUAAAGCCAACUCCAUGUUUACCUCAUUUAAGGGGCCGGAAAUCUCGCACAGACCCUCCUGCCAAGUCCAAAGCGUUGCGUAUUAAAUACCCUCCUCCAGUAUGUGUGGAGGAACUGCUGAAUGUGAAACAGCGAUACCAUCAAUACAGAACGAUUCUGGGUGCUGUCAGAGCAGAAUGCAAAGAAGAAGUUUUAAGGACCAGAUACGAGGACCAGGUGGGAUCUUUGGCUGAACAGCGCCAUCGCCUGGAGAGUGAAGAGCAUAAAGCUUUGAUGGAUUGGAACAGAGAGCAGAACCGGAUCGCCUUACACAGGAGGCUGGAGAGAUUGAAACAGGAGGGAGAAGCAGCUCGAUUACAGCACGAGCUGUCUGUGCAACAGCGUCAAGUCGCCAUGCAGGAAUUCAUCCAGAAAAAGAAGCAGGAAAUCGAUGAACUUCAGGAAAUCUCCAAGACCUUCAUUACAGCUGAUAACCUGUCUGAGAGAAUAGAGGCAGCUCUGGACAAUCCCAGAAACUAUAACUUCUGCAUCGAUCGGGACGGACGGACCCUGAGUGCCAGGGAGCCAUAGUGUUUGUGGCAUUCCAUGAUCCUAUUAGCAGCAGACUGGCUUUCCAUGUGGACCAUACGGGGUGUACAGCGUACGUUGUUCAGUAUGGAUCUUACUAGGAGCAGAUAGGCCGUCAAGUCAACGUUCUUUAUCUCUCUCUAUUGCAUAACUGUAUAUAAGCUUGUGUGAUUCUAAUAAACUGAGUAAAUACCACGUGUA